AUGUAACGAGAGAGUGUGUUUUAAUUCCAUUAAAUUCCACAAGCGUCCCAGUACAGAAUGCAAAAAUUGUGGUCUCAGUGCAUUUAACCUCUCACACCAAAUUCCCUAAGACUUCGACCCCUCCCCCUUCCAGAGAGCUUGCUUUAAGCUUUUAGACGUAUAUCAGAUAAUCAAGUCUAGUUUCUUGCAGUUGUUUCCAUGGCGGCAGGCCUGUCCAUCACCAUAACCCCUAAACCUUUCCUUUCAUUUCUAUCCUCACAGCAUACGCCGAAGCCAACGCCAAUUUUCCACCCUUUGCUUCACCUCCAAAAACCAACAUAUGGAGCUCGAAAAAAGACAAGCUUUACCGUUUGUUUUGUGCUGGAGGAACAGAAGCAGAGUGCUCCCCAGAUCGUAAAUCUCAUAGAAGAAGGAUCCGAGGAUGUUAGAGAUCGUCAGAUAUUAAUACCCGCACGUGUGGCGGAGAAGUUAGCUAGAAAGAGAUCCGAACGGUUUACUUACCUUGUUGCUGCUGUCAUGUCUAGUUUCGGGAUCACGUCCAUGGCUGUUAUGGCCGUUUAUUACAGGUUUUCGUGGCAAAUGGAGGGAGGAGAGGUGCCGCUUUCUGAAAUGUUUGGUACAUUUGCUUUAUCAGUUGGUGCCGCUGUAGGCAUGGAGUUUUGGGCUAGAUGGGCUCACAGAGCUCUCUGGCACGCUUCGUUAUGGCAUAUGCACGAAUCUCACCAUCGACCUAGAGAAGGUCCGUUCGAGCUAAACGAUGUGUUCGCCAUUAUCAACGCCGUCCCAGCUAUUGCCCUUCUCUCUUAUGGUUUCUUCAACAAAGGCCUUGUACCUGGUCUAUGUUUUGGUGCUGGGCUUGGUAUUACGGUGUUUGGAAUGGCCUACAUGUUCGUCCACGAUGGUCUUGUCCAUAAGAGAUUCCCGGUGGGGCCUAUUGCCAACGUGCCCUACUUCAGGAAGGUUGCUGCCGCUCACCAGUUUCAUCAUUCAGAAAAAUUCAAUGGUGUCCCGUAUGGGCUGUUUCUAGGGCCUAAGGAAGUGGAGGAAGUGGGAGGGAUAGAAGAAAUGGAGAAAGAGAUCAAUAGGAGAAUCAAAUCAAGCUAGGGUUCUUGAUAAUUCAACUGUUGUGAAGGGGGACCCAUUUGUGAGCAAUAUCAGUAUAGAGAAACAAUACUGUCAUUAUUGUAAAUGGAAAAUGAUUUUGAGUUGGUCACUGUUGUUUUCCUACUAGCAGAAAAAUAUGGAUUUCUUUUUCUUUUUUCUUAAAGAAAAAAG